AUGGAGGGCGUAAAGACAGGGCCAGCGCCACCUCCGCCGUCGCCGCCGCCGUCGGCACCACCACCAUUACCACCACCACCACUACCACCACCAUCAGAACCACUAACGCUGCCGACGCCACCACCACCAACUCCUGUACCGCCACCACCGCCAACAACUGAGGGCGAAGACAUAGGACGAUUAUUGCUCGAGAAAUUGCGGAAAAUAGAAGACGAAGUGAGGGAAUUCCAGAAACAAAGGGAGACAGCCAAGAUGGCGGUCGAGGAGAUAAUGGAAGAAACUACGCCGCAACAUGGAAGUGUGAAAAAUGUGUUAAUCGCAGGGAAGACCUCCUGUACUAACAUGUACCCUCUUACUGGGGAAAAUGCAUCCGAUUCAUCUGAUAAAGAGAAUCAAGAGAGCGUGGCCAGCGGGACAACAAGUCCCAACGCCUCAGAGCAAAAGGGGAGAGACACAAAGACUGGGGGCAAAGAAUCUAGCUUUUCUGUACACAGUACAGAAGGGACUAAGGCCAAUUUUGACAAAGUGGUAAUUGCUAUACUAGGACUUGACCCGACAGGGGAAGGCAGUCCUGUAAAACUUCACCCAGAAUUACCAACACGCUGGAAACACUGGAUAGUAAGGGGCAUACCAAGUGGACAAAGAGAAAAACUGAUGAAAAAACAUAGUAGGAAAGGAGAUUGUCCGUUAGAGGUAUCCAAGGUGAACCCGGAGAUUGAAGCAACUAUGGCUGAUGCAACCUAG